UUUUUGUAUACACUGUAGUUAUAUUCUUUGUUUCUCUCUUUAUAUUUGGAUUCCUAUCUAAUGAUGAUUAACCGUUUAUAGGCUAUAUUUUAACAUGCUACUUUUAAUGAGCUGAACCGUUCCCGGUUUCCAGUUCGUUCCCCAUAUGAUAUUCUUGAACUGCUUGUUUGGCUAUCUAUCGGUCCUCAUCAUCAUAAAGUGGUGCACUGGCUCUCAAGCGGAUUUGUAUCACGUAAUGAUCUACAUGUUCCUGAGCCCUAUGGAUGAUUUAGGAGAGAAUCAGCUUUUCCCUAACCAGAAAACUGUACAGAUCACAUUCCUCUUUCUGGCACUGGUUUCUGUACCGUGGAUGUUGUUGCCAAAGCCGUUCAUCUUGAAGAAACAACAUGAAGCUAGACAUCAAGGUGAGUCAUAUGCACAGCUCGACGAGACAGAUGAGAGUCUUCAAGUAGAAACAAAUGGGGGAUCCCAUGGACAUGAAGAGUUUGAAUUCAGCGAAAUCUUUGUCCACCAGCUCAUUCACACAAUCGAGUUUGUGCUUGGCGCUGUUUCCAACACUGCUUCUUAUCUUCGUCUCUGGGCUCUCAGUCUUGCCCACUCGGAGUUGUCGUCAGUGUUUUACGAGAAGGUUCUCCUUAUGGCUUGGGGCUUCAACAACAUCUUCAUCCUGAUCGUUGGGAUACUCGUCUUCAUCUUUGCAACCGUGGGGGUGCUUCUGGUGAUGGAGACGUUGAGCGCGUUCCUUCACGCGCUGCGUCUUCACUGGGUGGAGUAUCAGAACAAGUUCUACGAAGGCGAUGGUUACAAAUUUGCUCCUUUCACGUUCGCUCUCGUCGGAAACGAAGACGAGUGAUGAUGAUGGAUCUUCUUCGAGCCAAGAAUUACCGAAAAUGCCUCUUCUGCGUGUGCAUAUAUGUAAGGAGGGUAAAAUUAAAAUAAAAUAAAAAGAGUUGGGGAAGAAAAUGAUUUAUUCGAGGUUAAAAGAAAAGGUCCCAUUUGUUGUUGUACUUGUUUGUGUAGAAAAAUAAGCUGAUGUCUUUUGGUCUCCCUGAUUUGAGCCAAUAAUUUUGUUUAACAAUAAUCAUUAUUUGAUAUGUUCCCCUCUUAAAUCUAGAGCAUUAAAGCUAUAAUAGUAACUCGUGCUCGUUUGCAAUACACAGAU